UCGCUGCUUAUUCACAGUUCAGUUUCCAUUUAGGUUAUUCAUCCUGUAAAUUACUCUCAUGUAACCGGACUUGAUUUGUAUCAUGGCUUCAAAACACCAACAGAACGACUUGCCUGCCGGGUUCCGAGUGCAGUUCAAAUCUUUCGCAACAGAGGCGAUCCACGUUGGUCAGGAACCUGAGCAAUGGAAAUCUAUGGCGGUGGUACCACCUAUUUCUCUGUCCACCACGUUCAAGCAGUAUGGACCUGGAGAUCAUGCUGGUUUUGAGUACAGUCGGAGUGGAAACCCUACUAGAAACUGUCUGGAAAAAGCUGUUGCUGCUUUGGAUGGAGCAAAGUAUUGUUUUGCUCUUGCUUCUGGGCUGGCUGCGACUAUGACCAUCACUCACAUGCUGAAAGCUGGAGAUGGUGUUGUCUGCAUGAGUGACGUAUAUGGAGGCACCAAUCGUUACUUCCGGAAGAUUGCUACAGAAUUUGGCUUGGAUGUCUCCUUUGCUGAUUGUACCAAAAUCGAGUUGCUCCAGGCCGUUCUUAAGCCAAACACAAAGUUAGUAUGGCUUGAGACUCCCACCAACCCUACCAUGAAGGUGGUGGAUAUCCAGGCCUGUGCAGCUGUGGUCCACCAACACAACAAGGAUACCGUGGUGGUUGUGGACAACACUUUUAUGUCAGCCUACUUCCAGCGCCCCUUGGACCUCGGAGCAGACAUCUGCAUGUAUUCAGCUACUAAGUACAUGAAUGGUCACAGUGACGUUGUAAUGGGCCUGGUGUCUGUGAAUAAUGAGGACCUGUAUGACCGACUGAAGUUCCUUCAGAAUGCCCUGGGAGCCGUACCGUCCCCCUUUGACUGCUACCUGUGUAACCGUGGCCUGAAGACCCUGCACCUGCGCAUGAGGCAGCACUUCAAGAAUGCCCUGGCGGUGGCCAAGUUCCUGGAAGCUGACCCCAGGGUGGACAGAGUCAUCUUUCCAGGCUUACCCUCCCACCCCCAGCACGAGCUGAUGAAGAGACAGUGCACAGGCUGCCCAGGGAUGAUCACCUUUUACAUAAAGGGAAAACUGGAGAAUGCCACCACCUUCCUCAGCAGCCUCAAGUUGUUCGCACUUGCCGAAAGCCUUGGCGGUUAUGAAAGUUUGGCAGAGCAUCCGGCGAUAAUGACCCAUGCGUCUGUUCCAGAGAGUGAUAGGGCUGCCCUAGGGAUCAGUGACACACUGAUACGUCUGUCUGUGGGGCUGGAGGACGAGCAGGACAUCAUUGAGGACCUGGAACAAGCCCUGAACGCUGCGCAUCCGAAUAAGUAAUGUCUUCACGACGUCCCAAGACCAGCGGUUGUCUGUCGUCAGCGGGGCGGAGCAAAGGCAAGAAUACCCGGUGUUUCUAGCCGUGUACAAGGAGAGAGCAGCGAGAUGGUGCCUCAACACAGCACACACAAACUGUAUUUAUGAAUGCACAAAUCAGGGAAAAACCUGCUCUUUAAACAUACGCUUUCUUAAUUUAAUUAUUGAUAACCUUUUUUAUCAUCAAUUCUUUGAAUGCUAAUUUUAUCAGGAGGAAGUAUUCCUACAUUUUAUUUCUUGCUGCUUUUGCUCUGUGUGUGUGUGUUUUGUUUGUCAUUGUGAAUGACGGUCUUAUUCAAUUAAAACUGGUAUUCAGGAGUAAGGGAAAA